AGAGUGAUGAAGAGCCGCUCCUUCACACUGUUCCCGAAAAGUACAGAAAGGUGACAAUUAAAUACUCUAAACGUGGACGGGAAGAUUUUGACUUCAAACAUUACAACAGGACGUUGUUUGCUGGCCUGGAGCCGCAGAUUCCCAACGCCUACUGUAACUGCAUGAUCCAGGUGUUAUACUUCCUGGAGCCAGUUCGCUGCCUUGUUCAGAAUCAUUUGUGCCACAAGGAGUUUUGUUUGGCUUGUGAACUCGGCUUCCUCUUCCACAUGUUGGAUUUGUCACAAGGAGAUCCAUGUCAGGCCAGCAACUUCCUCAGAGCACUUCGAAACGUCCCUGAAGCCAAAGAGAUGGGCCUGAUCCUCUCAAACUAUGAGGAGACGACAGGAACAGUCGAGCUAGGUCGCUUAAUCCAGAGAUGGAAUCACUUCAUCCUCUACCAGCUCUUCCAGGAGACACAGGAGCAGGAGGAUCCACGGGCCUACAGGACGACCAGUUGCAGUUCUCUGGGCUCCCCUGGCGACUCUGUCAUUAGAGAGCUGUUUUGUUCUGAAGUUGAGAACCGCAGCCCGUGUCUCUGUGGCAUAGAAACAGUCUACUCCUCCCUCAUGUUGCUGUUCAACAUGCAUUACCCUGACUCUCAAGGAGAAAGAAUAAAGGAGCACGACUUUGCUGAGAUCCUGAAGAAAAGCAUCUGCCUGCAGCAGAGAUCUCACACAUGGUGUGGAAACUGUGACAAGUAUCAGCCCACAGUGCAGACACGCAACAUUCGACGUCUCCCAGAUGUUUUGGUGAUAAACUGUGAGGUGAACAGCAGCAAAGAGGCCGAAUUCUGGAAGGUUCAGGCCGAGUACACCUUCAACAAAUCCAUGCAGAAGACAGAUCAGGAUCAGCGUCACGUGUGGAUCCCCGCCACUCUCAAGAUGUCCCUCAGCAAAAGUCAGAGACUGGAGAUCAGCAGCUGGCCUGAGGGCGAGGAGUUAAGUGCUGCUGAACAGGCGGAGGGAGCUUCUCUGUAUGACUUGGUGGCGACGGUGCCGCACAUCCUGGACGCUGGCGCGGGUGGUAAUCUGGUCGCACACAUCAAAGUGGGUGAGACCUACCAUCAAAGAAAAGAGGGAGUCUCUCGCCAGCAGUGGUACCUCUUCAAUGACUUCCUCAUUGAGCCGAUUGAGCAGACUGAGGCUGCACAGUUUGAUGUGAGCUGGAAAGUGCCAGCCAUCCUGUGUUACGCCAAGAGAAACUACCACACCAAAUACGACCUCCGCAGUGAGUGUCAGCACAAUCAGUCUGAAGUCAAAUCCGACUUAUAUCGGACUGAGAAGCAGAGCAAGACAGACGCCACUUUCAUCCCACUCACAGUCAGUGAGAUGCCGCAGGCUGGUGACCUGGUGGGGCUGGACGCUGAGUUUGUAAAGCUCAGUGAGGAGGAAGCAGUGCUGCAUAGCGACGGCACCAAAUCGACCAUCACGCCCAGUCAGAUGUCUGUGGCCAGGAUCACCUGUGUGAGGGGUCAGGGGCCCAACGAGGGGUUCCCCUUCAUUGAUGAUUACAUCUCCACUCAGGAGCAGGUGGUCGACUAUUUGACAAAAUACUCUGGAAUCGAACCUGGAGACCUGGAUGCCACAGUAUCCUCUAAGGACGUGACCACGCUGAAGUCGACCUACCUGAAGCUACGCUUCCUCAUCGAUGCAGGAGUUCGCUUCGUCGGCCACGGCCGGCAGAAUGACUUUCGUGUCAUUAAUUUAGUGGUUCCCAAAGAUCAAGUUAUCGACACUGUGCACCUCUUCCGAUUGCCCUACAAGAGGAUGAUUUCUCGGAAAUUCCUUGCUUGGUAUUUUCUUGGCCUCAACAUCCAGGGAGAAACCCACGACAGCACGGAGGACUCAUGCACGGCCCUGAAGCUUUACAGGAAGUACCUGGAGCUGUAUCAGGAAGGAGGGAAUCAUUACGUGACGAAAGUGCUCUACGAAGUCUACGACAAAGGCUUCCAGCUGAACUGGAAAGUCCCGGAUUCGGACAUGAGAUAGUCCGUCUGAGUGGACUGAAUGCACUCUCCUUCCAUCCACGGGUGCUGCUGUGCUUCCCUCUGUGAUGGGACUGUGAGCAACACCAUGACCUGAGGAUGCUCGGGCUGCUUAUUUUGUAUCAUAUUUUAUAGUUAUUUGCUUUGAGUCAGUGACUCAGUUGUUUUUAUCAUAUCUAAAUAUAAGCUUUUUAUUUCAGAGAGGUUUACAGGGGGGAAAGUGAUCAUUCAAAAUAUGAAUUUGAAGCAUUUUGUUUUUGUUUUAAAGGAAAAAGUCAAACUUGUUGCAUGUAAAUGAAGUCAUCCUGAGCACUGUAAAAUGUUUGUUGUUUGAUACCAGGAAGUGGAGAAUGUGCACGAAUCCAUGAAAAUCUUGAUUAAAACA